AUGGACAAUAAAUCCGCUAUCACAUCUGAAGCAGCUCCUGUUGUGAUUGAACCCACAACACAUCUACAGAAAGUCAAUAGAGAGCCGAAUGAUGAUGUAGAAAAAGACACGAAUGAUGAGAAAAUAUCGAUGGAGAUUUUGCAAGGAUUGGCUGAUCUUCUUCAGAAGAUCGAAGAAAAGAUAAAUUGUCGUUUUCAAAAGAUGGAAGAAAAGAUGGAUUUGUUGAUCUCAUCGAUUAAUGUAAAAGCCGAGGCAGAGAACAUGUCUAUCGAUGAAUCCUCUUUUGCCCAGGAACCUGAUGACGGUUUUCGUCGUUUUUCCGAUUUUCCUCAUCAGAGGAGUUAUGAGCGUUUUGAUCGUUUUUUAUAUGGUCCUGGUCGUGGUCAGCAGACCUAUGACCGUUCUGGUCGUGGUCAGCAGACCGAUCACCGUUUUGGUCCCUUCUUCAAUGGACGUGGUCAGUAUACUGAUGAAAGAUUUAGUCCCUUCUUCAACGGACGUGGUCGUGGUCUUGAUGUUGGUGGUCGUUUUGCCGGCGGGCGUUGUGGCGGUCAAGGAUUCUGUGGCUAUUGUUAA